UCCGCGGUGUUCAUAUAAUAGAUCGUGUUCGUCUUUUGCUUCUCAUCCGUCGAAGUCGUGGCGGAGGCCGCGUUUCUGCUGGGAUUUCCAUCACUUCCUGCCUUUUCCCCUUCCAUUUUUCGGCUGGUCAGAUCCUCUCCUCGGUGCAUUCUAAAUCCCUGUAACUCUUGAGAAGAUAUGUGACAGGUCAGGGAAAUCUGAGUGUUGGGGCCCCGGGAUUCAUUAUGUACCGAGUGGAAGACCCAAACGCUUGAAAGCACAAUGAACAUUCACAUCCUUGCUUUCUUCUUUCUUGCCACCUCCACCUCUCUCUUUGUUGUGUAUUUGCUUGUCUUCUCUCUCUCUUUUUCCCCUUAUUUUCAUUUUUUAUUUGGACAAUUUUUUAUGCUUAAAGAAGGCAUUUACUGUUUAUCUUUUGUUGGUUUCCUCAACUAGUUUAGUUGUGGUUUAGAGCAUUAUCUUUGAUGAAUACUUGACAAAUUGAUGAAAAUCAAAUUUUAUUUCGCUGACGUGAAAAGAAAAGGACUGACCCGUAUCACUUUGCAUUGGUGGUAAACUCAGGUUCAAGUUCAAUUGAUAUUUUAGGGUUGUCACAUAACAUCAUACACAAUUGGGAUCUUAUUUCCUAGAUUGACAAUAAAGUAGAAGAACGAAAUAAAUAAAAAGAAUAUUGCAAUAAUCAUCAUCUUGUAGGAAAGGAAAGACAUAAUGCACAAAGAAGGAAGAUUACUUUACAGAAUCAUCAUCUUACAAGAAAGGAAGAAUAUCAUGCAUAAAAAAAAAAAUAUUUUACAAAACUAUCCUAGAAGCUUAUCUUCUCAAAAAAUAACUAGAUACAGUGUGUUGACUUGUCUUGAUGUGUUUUUUAUUUUCUUUCUUGUUAGUUACAUCCUGUUCUUCUUGUAUUUGUGGUCUGUAUAAAGAGGGCAAUAAUUGUAAUGAGAUCAUUAGUCUUUGGAUGCCACGUGAGUGGUGAGAGGGCAUGGUUUCCCUAUCAGUCGGAGGACUUGGAGUGAGUCUAAGACUAUGCUUUGCUUUCCUCUGCUAUCUGAAGCCAACCUGCAAUGAAGACACGUUGAUUGAACUUGCAACGUCUCUUAAAGCUCUCCUCCUUGACCAUCUUGUGGAAUUGAAGAUGUUUUGUGAGGAUAAAGCAAUGGCCAGUCAAAGUCCUUCACCGAAAGUUACAAUGACAGGGAUAUCAAGCUCGAGUGGCAUCAUCUCCAUAAAUUCAGACAGAGAACCAACUCAAGCACUUGACCAGCAAACUGGGGCCUCGCAUGGACAUGUGGCUAUUCUUUGGGACAUUGAGAACUGUCCGGUUCCAAGUGAUGUCCGGCCCGAAGAUGUUGCUGGUAACAUAAGAAUCGCUCUACGAGUGCAUCCUUUCAUUAGGGGAGCUGUUACAGUGUUCUCUGCUUAUGGGGAUUUUAAUGCUUUCCCCAGACGAUUGAGGGAGGGCUGCCAGAGAACUGGAGUUAAACUAGUAGACAUCCCAAACACUAGAAAAGAUGCUGCCGACAAGGCUAUCUUGGUUGAUAUGUUUCUUUUUGCUCUAGAUAACCAACCACCCUCGUCAAUCAUGCUGAUAUCUGGCGACGUAGACUUUGCUCCUGCUUUGCAUAUUCUUGGUCAGCGUGGAUACACCAUAAUCCUUGUCAUCCCUUCAGGAGUCGGUGUUUCUUCGGCUCUCAGAAAUGCAGGACAGUUUGUAUGGGACUGGCCUUGUGUAGUCCGUGGCGAAGGUUUUGUGCCUCCAAAGACUUUUCCCCAUGGCUACAUCAUGAAUUUCAGGAAUGAGGAUAACCCUGACAUGGAAAAUGGAGAAGAGACCAUUGUUUAUCAAGGACUCUCGAUAAGCGAAGAUCCCACUUGGGGUAACUUUAACCAAGCAUAUAGUUGUAUGCCUUCGCAAGUAUCUAGAGAACGUAGUGGAGCUUCUCAAUCAUCAGAGUACAAUAUCAAUAACUUAGCAGCUGGGUCUUGUUUUACUUCUUCAAGAUGUGAAAGUCUUCCAUCUGUUCAAGUACAUCAGAAUUCUUCCCUGGAUCAGGACUGGUGGGUUCAACCAGGAGAUCUUCACGGUUUGAAGGGCCAGAUAGUAAGGCUGCUAGAGAUGUCUGGUGGGAGUUUGCCUCUCAUACGUGUUCCUUCAGAGUAUCUCAAGGUAUUUAGGAGGCCGCUCUAUGUGUCAGAGUAUGGAGCUUACAAACUGGUGAAUCUCUUUCAGAAAAUGGCUGAUGCACUAUUUGUAGUCGGGAAGGGGCAUAGAAAGCUGCUGUGUCUUCACAAUUCUGCUGGUAGACAUAUAAAAAGGUGCCUGGGUAGUCCAGCUAUGGUGAUGACAAAUGAAAAGGGAAAGAGGGUUCCGGAAGAGAGCAUCGAUAUCAGCACCUGUCCUCAAUUAGGUAGCUUCUCUGAUGAAUCCUUGGAAGAUGAGAAGAAUGAUGAUUUUUUUCUAGGUUCAACCUAUGAUUUUGAGGACCAGCUUACAAAUAUCAGACAGGAAACGCAAGAGCUUCUUGUUUGUUACUCCUGUCCAAUUCCCCUUGGUGCUUUUGCAGCUCUCUAUGAGCAGCGUUACAAGAAAGUCCUCGACUACCAGAGCUUUGGAGUGGAUUGUCUAGAACAAUUGAUUGAGAAGAUGAGAGAUGUUGUGAAGUUGCGUGAGGAUCGGGAUAGCAAGAAAAAGUUUCUUGUAUCCAGUUUCUUAAGCAGAUAAGUUAACUUGAAAGUUUGACUUACCAGAGAACAAAUGAUAAGUUGAAAAAUGUCGUGAAGUUGUACGAGGAUCAGCAAAGCAAGAGGGAGUUUCCUGUAUCCAAAUUUUUUAUGUGGAUAAGGUCAUUUCUAGUGGCCAAUUCGUCACUGCUAUCUUCUCUUCUUCAUAAUCAGCAAGUCAAAUAUUAUGUUGUGCAGUAGUAUGCGUCCGGUGCCAACAAUGACACCUAUUUUUUUCCAAGUGUCUGUAAAGCAUGUCCAAAGGCACAAGCUGCACUUUAUGUACUUUAUGAUGUUAGCAAAUGAGAUGGCAAAUGGAACUCUACAUUUUCAAAAGUGGAGAAUUGACUUUAUUUUCUUUGA